ACCAUGCCACUAAUCACGAGAACAUUCAAUUUAAUCCACAGAGAGAGAGUGUGUGUGUUUUGAAUUAACUAUUCUCUCAAGAAGAUUCAAUUUAUCAAAUGUAAAUUUAAUUCACAGAGAAUUUGUUUCCAGACCUUUCUCUCCGUGUGUGUUUCUCUCCGUUCUUCAAAUUUCUCGUCAGCGGUAUCAGUAACAUUGAAGCAAAAUAGCAAAUUAAAGUGCGAAGAAAACUGAACCUAAGCAAGCUGCGACAAAGGCUUAUCCCCAAUUGAAUUGGGUUUGUGUUGUGUUCACAUUCACGCCACCAAUUUCUGGGCUUGUUGGCUCUUCAUUCAUUCUCAGCAACAACAAAAUGGGGCUUGUUCCUGAGGAAGCCGUCAAAGAGUUGCAAGCAUCAAUGGAUCAAGUUGAGGAGCCAUUGAAGAAAACAUUCCAGAAUGUUCAUCAAGGAUAUGUCACUCAAACUCUAGUGCGAUUUUUAAAAGCAAGAGAGUGGAAUCCUUCCAAGGCCCAUAAAAUGUUGGUUGAUUGUUUAAACUGGAGAGUUCAAAAUGAUAUUGACAACAUCUUAUCUAGACCAAUUAUUCCUCCUGAUUUAUACAGAGCAGUGCGUGAUUCACAACUCAUAGGUUUGUCAGGGUACUCAAGAGAGGGUCUUCCUGUCUUCGCAAUUGGUGCUGGGCUUAGCACAUUAGAUAAAGCAUCUGUUCAUUAUUAUGUGCAGUCUCACAUUCAAAUUAAUGAAUAUCGUGAUCGAGUAAUCUUGCCUUCUGCGUCGAAGAAGCAUGGGCGGCCUAUUACCAAAUGUAUAAAGGUUUUAGAUAUGACAGGAUUGAAGCUGUCAGCCCUGAACCAGAUUAAGUUGUUAACUAUUAUAUCAUCCAUUGAUGAUCUGAACUACCCCGAGAAGACAGAAACUUAUUACGUUGUAAAUACCCCAUACAUAUUUUCAGCUUGUUGGAAGGUUGUGAAGCCACUUUUACAAGAGAGGACAAAAAGAAAAGUGCAGGUGUUACCAGGCUGUGGGCGAGAGGAGUUGUUGAAGAUCAUGGAUUACUCAUCUCUGCCACACUUCUGCAAAAAAGAAGGCUCUGGAUCAUCCAAGCAUUCAGGGAGAGGAAGUGAAAAUUGCUAUUCCUUGGAUCACCCCUUUCACCAACAGCUCUACAGUUACAUCAAUCAGCAAGCCAGACUCCGUGAAUCUGUUGAACCCAUCAAGCAGGGAUCCUUUCAUGUAGAUUUUCCGGAGCCGCCGGCCGAAGGUGAAGAAGCAUCAAUUGCCAAGACUUUAGAGUCAGAGUUACAGAAGUUUCAUAAUGGCAAUGGAGUUUCAGACCUCAAAAUCAAUGAUGACUAAUACUUGCGUUCAGGAUUUGCAUUGAUGAGUUAACAUCUAAGGCUUUGUUGAAUCUCUUGAUCAUCUGAUCUUUGACAGUACUACUAAUCAUCCAUAUUUUUUGUUUGUUUUAGAAAUUCAGAGGUAGUAGCCAGAUUAGAUAUAUCAUUUGUCCAUUUCUUUGCAGAUAUAAUAUAUUAAAUUGAAAGUAUUGUAUAGAGAAAUAAGUAGGAAUAAAAAUACAUUCUUAUUUGUGGCUAAAGUAUUGUUGUUUACAUAAUACUUUACUAUUAAUGUUAGUCUCAGAAUAUAAUCAAUUCAUCACAUCCAA